AUGCAGUUCAAUAUCCUCUGCGUUCUGACCCUCCUUGUUGCCUUCGUGGCAUCCGCGGCCGUCCCUGAGGUCGCUCCUGAUGUCACCAGCACUCAUGGAACCUGGUUCGAUGUUGAAGACUUUGACGUGAAUGAUUUCAAACUUGCUACUCGUGAUGAAGACGAGUCCAAUUCUGAAUUGGUCAACGAAGACGACAGUGAGACGGUCGAAAUUAAGGACAAGAGAUGUCAUCGCCGUGUUUGCCGUUAUAGCUCUCAGUGCUGCCACACUGAUACAUGCGUUCUGGGUGCCUGCAUGGGACCUGGAAAGUGGCCUUAA